AGAGAGGGUAAGACCGAGCUAGUCACCGCAUCGCUCCCUCCCCUGCCUGCCUGCCUGCUCUCUCCCGCUCUCUCUCCGUCUGUCUCUCCGCUUCUCUCUACCGUCUUGGAUUGCUACAAUCGCACUGCUACUCUUCCUAGUUCAACCCUUUCGGCACCUGAUUAGGGCCAUAGUUCCGCCACAGUUUGUGUCCCUGCAAGUUGCACCCGUUGCAGAGGUGGAGGCGCCUCUGCUUGUCAACUUGAUUAGCGGAGGAGCAGGAGGAGGGGGACUAGAACGAGGAGUCUGUUAUGUGUUCGAUUUCCCGGAGUUGAGAUGGUAGUGCGGGGUUGAUUAAGAGGACUGAGACCCUGGAAGAGGCUUGUUCGCGGUUACUGGUGUGCGUAGUUGAGGGAUUGGAAGAGUCAGCAGAGUCUUCCGCCGCUGGUUUGGUUCACGGCAGUUGCGUUUGCAGACUCUCUUCUGCUAGUUCUGCUGAAAGCUGUGAUUGCGAGGUCGGCCGCUGUCGUUGCUCUCAUCUCAUGAUCUGAAGGGAUCAAGUGCAUUUAACGAAAAGAGACUGUACUGCAGCAGCAAGGAGUAGAAUGAAAUAAAAUUUUGGGGGAGCAUAACUCUCGACAAACAGGCAGCAUCAAUCAUGGAUGAAAUAUUGCGCAUCACGCUGCAUCCUCGUCGAGCUCUGUUGCAAGCUACCACAACUGCGCCAGCGACCACUGGGGGUGAGACGAGCCUUUUGUGGUUGUAUAUCGUAGCUGCUAUCCUGGGAUCAGUAGUCUUUUUGGUAGCCCUCUACUGCUGUUGGCGUUGGUGCAAGGGAAGACAGUCAAAUCGGUCCAAGAGCAAGCCAGUGCCAUUCAGCGAACAAACUAUUUCAGAGGUACUAGGUGCAUCUAAUCAUGCUGCGAAGGUUAUCCCUUUUGAAACGAUUGCUCAAGCCACCAACGAUUUCGACUUGAGACAAAAAGUGGGAGAUGGACGCUUUGGUCCCGUUUUUCAGGGAGAGUUGCCGGAUGGAACGGGAGUAGCAGUGCGUCGUCUCCCCUUGAAUUCCAGACAAGGAAAGCGGGAGUUUGUCAAGGGGGUGAAGAACAUGAUGGAGGCAAACCACCGGAAUGUUGUCCGACUCAUAGGAUGCUGCUACACUACCUCUCGCUUACUGGUCUACGAGAACCUGCCAAAUGGGAACCUUUCUCAGCUUCUUUUCGACCGCUCGAAGAUGGUGAGUUGGCGUAUUAGGUACGACAUCUUGUUGGGUAUAGCGAAUGGUUUUGCGUACUUGCACGAAGAGCCCGACUCUAUUUAUGCCCACGGUGGUAUCAAAGCCGGAAACAUCAUGCUGGACAAGAUUAUGAAGCCGAAGAUUGCUGACUGGGGUUUAGCUGCUCUGUUCCGCAACGACCAAGGGGAGGUCAAACCUCGGAAUAUGACGUCUGUAGGUUACAUGGCACCUGAACUAGCUCUGGACGGGCAGUUAUCAGCAAAGUCGGACGUGUUUUCAUUUGGCAUUUUAUGCUUGGAAGUUGUCAGUGGUCGUCCUAACACCGACAUUAAUCUCCUUGGCACCGAGAUGCAAACUCUUCUCAGCUGGGCUUGGGCACUGCAAAGUAGGGAUGAUGUAUUGCAGAUGGUGGAUAGACGCCUCGAGAACAACUACGACGAAGAGCAAGCGACGAAUAUAAUUCAUAUUGCGCUCUUGUCCACUCAAGAUACGGUGUCCGCUCGCCCAUCCAUGUCCCGCAUCGCUGCCAUGUUGAGGGACGAGGAAGACAUUCCCAAGCUUCCUGCAAAGCCAGAAGCAGUCAAGUCAUUGGGACUGAGCGACCAGGUCGUGUCGGGAACAUUCACUAGCUCAUUCGUGACACCCAAGUUUGUAACCCCAUCAAGGAGUAGGAUGUCAAAGAAGAAGCGCGGGCAAUCCUCCCAUUACAAUGACCCAAGUGACCCCAGAGGUGUGCAUCGCCUGUAACGCCUGAGGUUCUCAUGUCGAGAGCACGAUCAUGUUCAGACCAUACCCACCUUGUGUUGAAGCAUAUGAGAGACUUGCCGCAGCAGCAGCAAGCUCGCUCUCGGUGCCUUGAAAUGCAAGCUUGGAAAGUGCCAACCUCCAGCUUCAGAAAAUGAUAAGUCUGCAGAGUGGAAUAAUCACAUCUAAAAUCAUAUAAUCCCCUACUUUUCUGGCAUAGGACAGAAAGAUCGAGGUUGUAACGCAUUACAGUAUACUUAGUCGACUGGAGCUUUUGAAGCUCAGAUUUUCCCCACAGCUGGUCUCCUCAGCGGCACGGUCCUCAGCGUCAAUCUUGAAUGUUGCUUAUGCAGGCCUGUAAAACCUGUCAAAGCGUGCAAUGGAAUGCGUAAGCUCUGCCCUUUUCAAUGCCUAAUGAACUUGCGCUUAGCCAAAAUCUAAUCACUUAGUCAUAUUUUGUUUCGAUUAUUGAGUACUUAUAGAGACUGUAUAGAGAAAUCAAGUGACCUACACCAACAGAAACACAGUGAGCCACUUCGAUUACUUAACAUGUUCAAUGUGGGAAUGCACUUGUAUUCUACUGAUGAAAGGAAGCUUUGUAUAUGGAAGUUUCUCAA